AUGAGCACCCUUGACAUAUCGAAGAAAGCGAUCUUCUUACUUUUCAUCAUUUCUUCUCGGGAAGUUUUUUGCUCAGAGGUCCCGGAUUUUGACUCGCAAGGAGAGGAUUCGUAUUUAAAAGCUUACAAGAAGUCUCACAGUGAAAGUGUGAAGGUAUUAGAUUCGAGUGUGAAAAGAUCCGACAGGGAAUUUCAAGUUAAUCCCAAUGAUGGGUAUCCUUAUCCUACUCCACAGCCUCAGUACGGAUCUCCGGUGAAUUACGGCCCGUCGGGGUCCCAGUACGAUGUACACAACCCGUAUCCUCCUCUACCAGCAUAUGGACCACCAGCUCCUCCACCUGCCUAUGGACCGCCAGCUCCACCUGUGUACGGACCCCCCGCUCCACCACCAGUCUACGGUCCUCCAGCUCCUCCACCAGCAUAUGGGCCACCAGUUUAUGGUCCCCCAUCCUCCGUGCAAGUAUUUUAUGGAGUUCCUCACGCCCUCGGUUCUAUUUGGGACAAACUCAAAUUCAAAUUGAGCUUAUUCACGUUAGGCAAAAUACUGCUCAAGCUGAUAAUUUUCAAAAAGAUUGUUAGUUGGAUAGCGGUGUUAUGUUUGCUUCUAUUUAUACCAUCUUUGAAACAGAAGGUGGAAUCUUCCGAUGGAAGUCUGAACGAAGGGUCUAGAGCAUUUGGAAAGUUCAGUGAUGAAACUGUCAGUAACAUGACAGAUUUUAUUCUACGAGCUCUCGAUAGCAAAUCCUUUGAAGAAAAAUAUAAUCAAACGAUAAUAAAUAAUGAGUUUCAUCAAAACAAGACAAAAACAGCAUGAUGACUUCUGACUGCCGGAGGCUGUAUCCCAAAGCAUAUUUUCCAGAGAUAAAUAAUUUGUGAAAAUCUAGUCUGAUUCAUUAGUUACGAGUAUUUUAUUUAUUUAUUUAUUUCAAUAAUUUCUGUGAAAAAGCUGGAGAUCUUAUAGAUGGU